GACCCUACAAAUAACCUUAAAUAAUAAGCUAUGCAGGACUAGUACAUUCAAUUAACACCAGCUGAUCGACAUGUUCUAAUUUCACCAUGAUUCUCGAAUUAUUCCUCGCUAUUCCCCUCCUCUAUUUGGCUUUUACAAUUCUCAAAAGGGACCCUUGGCCACUUUUUGGAGUUUACGCCAGAAAAGGAAAAUGGUUCUACCUGAAAAAGUUCAUAUUCUACCUCAUCUAUAAAAGAAGGCAGACACAACAAAAGACUUCGAUGGGGCCGACGCAGAAGGCAGGGUAUGGAUAUGGCCAGAGAACAAGGCCUACUCUAGACGAAAUGGAAGAAAUCCAACCAUUGGUAGAUGAUCCAAAUGCUCUCGACUGUGUAUACUUCUGCGGCAUGAACCAAGAUGGAGUCGGCCUGGUGGCAAGAUUUGGCAGACGCGUAAACCACACUGCCGAAAUCUGGUUGGUCCUGAACGUACCUGAUGUCGGGUACUUCCAGCAUCCCAUCCACCCUCACUGCAUCUUACAUAAUACUCUUGGUGGGAAAUAUGAGGGUGGUGGUCUCAAGAUAGAGCUUUUGGAGCCCAAGAGACGAUGGAAGGUGUCUUACAAUGGAUUACUAAGAAAGGGCCUGUGCAAUACCUGGGACCAAAAUGACAGAAAUGGGGCAGAAUAUUCUCAUGUGAAGUUCUCCUUUAUAUUUGAGUGCUACACUGAUAUAUUUAAUUUCGAUACCGACAUGGAUGCCAGAGCUCUCUCCGAUGCAGUUGCCCGUGAAACCUGGUCGAAGAGAUUUUUCUCACAGCUCAAAGAAAAGCACCAAACUCAUUAUGAGCAGUUCGGAGAAAUGAGAGGGUCAUUGGCGAUAGAUGGCCAGAGCGAUAAGCUGGUCACGCUCCGCGGCGUGAGAGAUCACACGUAUGGUAUCCGAGACUGGCAUUCGUUCCACAGAUACGCCGUCCACUACAUAACGACAGAGCUCGGCCAUGCCAUGAUGGUAGGAGUGAUCAGUAUGCCAGGCACGGGGAUGUCACACAUGACUGUCGGAUACGUCUUCAAAUCCAGUGGCUACCCAGUCGUCACUGUUUCGGAGGCAAGCAUUGAUCUUCCCUCCUUUGGAGAAAACAAAAAUCCUCCAACAGAAUAUGAGUUCAACUUCACGGCCGGAGGUGAAAAGUAUAAUGUGACAAUAUCAACGAGGACGACAUCAAUAUGGUACCAAGGCGACGAUUGGAAUUCAGUAAUAUUGGAGAGGUUCUGCGACGCAACAGUCAAUGGUCAGAAGGCCCUCUGCUUGGCUGAAUUGCAUUACAGGCAUGAUGGUAGUUGUCCAGUGUUUCUCGAGCCUAACUACUCCCUGCUGGAAGAGCCUCAACUGACUGAAACUGACAAGGACAAGCUAGUUGUAGCUUUCAAAGAUAAAGCAUGUCAGAGUUCCGAGUUGGUUGGAGGGAAAGGUUCAAGCUUGGCCAUGCUAACAUCACUGGGAGACGAGGUGAAAGUGCCGACUGGAUUCUGCGUCACCCUAACAGCAUUUAAAAUGCAACUAGAGAGGAAUCCCCAACUGCAGACAGCUGUAACCAAGUUGGAACAUAUAGCAUGUGGCAAGGUCAUAGGUAACCUGAAGCAGGAAUGCGAAUUGCUGGAGCAGUUGUUCACCAACAAUGAUGUCUUGGAAGAGGUGCAGAGAGCAGUUGAUGGGGAACUCGAGACACAGUUUGGAGGCAGAUGUGAAACAGUGAAGUUGGCUGUGCGGUCUUCAGCAGCCGGGGAGGAUGGCGAAGAGAUGUCGGCUGCUGGUCAGAUGGAAACCAUACUUGGGGUUGUUGGCAAAACAAUGAUCUAUUCUGCGCUUUCCAAGUGUUGGGCAUCACAAUUUUCUCACCAGGCUGUCGAGUACAAAAGGCAACAUGGCCAGCCCAUUACCUCACUAAUGGGCGUAGUAAUACAGGAGAUGGUCCCUUCAGAAAUAUCUGGAGUUCUCUUUACUCGAGAUCCAUUAUCAGGCAACCCUAGUGUGAUGAUGAUCAACGCUAACUAUGGUUUAGGAGAGAGUGUUGUCUCCGGUACAGCAGAGCCCGAUACCAUAUACUUGUCGAGAAAUUGGGACAAUCGACUUGCCAUAAAGGAGAAGACGAUAGGCGGGAAGAAAGUGGCAAUCAAACUUUCUGCUGAUGGUGGAACAUCCACAGAAGAUGUAGAUGACGGAGCAUCCUCACAUUGCUGCAUGUCGGAUGAGAAAAUUCUACAAUUAGGAAAAUUAGGAGUUACGCUUGAAAAAAGUUACGGCGAUGCCAGAGAUAUAGAAUGGGCGAUCCAUGAUGGUGAAAUCUACCUCUUACAAGCACGACCGAUAACAUCGUUUGAGAUUGAGUCCGAAUAUGACCUCAUCCAUGAGUUUGAUUCGCCGCUCUCUUGUGAUAAGGAAUGGGUAACAACAGCAAAUAUAGGAGAGAUGAUGCCUGGAGCAAUGACGCCUCUCUCCAUGUUUGUCUUCCUGAAGGGGAUCCAGUGGUCAAUCUAUACGAACACAAAUUAUUUCGGUCAGGGUCCGUCAUUUUUCAACCGAAAAAAUGUCCAGGAUGCCUUCAUUCCGCUGAAAGGGAUGGCAACUUGCUGUAACCAUCUGUUCAUAAACCUCUAUAGCUUAUUUUCAACUUGUCACUACCACAUUCAUGGCGUGAGGCGGCAAGGCCUUGAGCUCUCACUGAUGGCGAAGACAUUAGAAGGUCUUGAUGAAGAGGAGGUGGCCAAAUAUGUCGGCCAUUCCCCCUGGUGGAAGAGACUGAAGAAUGUGGCGGAGAUCAAUCGUUCAAGAUACCACUGCAAGGCCAAGACACAGAGAUGGGGAGACCUGUGUAGGACUUAUAGGAUUGAGGGGGCGAAUGCUGCCGAGCUUUACCAUGAUAUCGACAACAAGCUACCUGACCUUUACAAAUGUUGGAUUGAUACUGUCCUGAACAGUAGCAAGUCAGGGGUGUGGGGAGCUGCGCUAUUGUUCACAUUAACUCGGGGAAAACAAGAAUGGAAGACGGAACAUGUUUCAGAUGUAGCCAUGUUGCUCAGCAAGUGUGACGAUGUCUACAGCGCUGACGUACCAACUGCAAUGAAGGAACUGGCUGAAGUGAUUUCUAAGUCGAACAAGAAAGAAGCGUUUCUAACCAUGACUUGUCAAGAUGCAGUUAAUUGGCUGAAGUCAGCUGAGAGUGGCGAAGCUGGGAAGAAGUUUGCGGAGUUCAUCGAUCGUCAUGGUCAUCGCUGUGUGAGGGAGGCUGAAUUCAGAGAGACCUCUUGGCGAGCAGAACCAACAAAACUGAUUCCAUCGUUACAGAUGCUGAUCAAGGUUGGACAUUCCGAUCAAAAAAAGUCAAAGGAUCAAAUCCUCGAUGUUAAUGAGGCAAUUUCAAAGUUAAAAACACCAACAACAUGGUUUGGAAGGAAAGUACUCAAACUGCUUGUUCCGUGGGCUCGUCAGGCUGUCGGUGGAAGAGAAUGGGGAAAGUCCAUUUCCAUCGAGUUCAAUGACAUUUUCAAGGAGGCCUACUGGAAACUGGCCAAAUUCAUGGUCGAAGAGGGCUACCUCCCCGACAGAGAUUUGCUCUUCUUCCUCACACACUAUGAGAUCGGUCAGGUACUCAAGACAAGGUCAGCCAAGCUGGUGGCAAGAGCUUCCAAACGACGUAGAGUCCUUCCCAAACAGAUGGAUGUGCAUUUCCCAGAGAUAAGCAUUGGUCAUCCAACAAGUCUCAAGGAAGAAGAGGAUUGUGAAGAGCCGUUGGCGACUUCGGUAACCAUCAAGGGUAUGCCUGUGAGUCAGGGUUUGGUGAAAGGCCGAGCUAGAGUUGUGAAGACAUUGAAAGAGGCAGAGACAAUUCAGUUCGGGGACAUCCUGAUUGUACCAUAUACUGACGUUGGAUGGACACCAUACUUCCCCCUGCUGGCUGGACUGGUGACCGAGAUUGGUGGCCUCCUAUCUCACGGUGCUGUUGUGGCCAGGGAGUAUGGACUACCUUGUGUUGUCAAUUGUCCAAGAGCAACACAUCUAUUCAAAACAGAUGACACGGUCAUUCUGAACGCAACGAAAGGGAUGAUAGAGAAGAUUGUCUAAUGUGCAACACAAGAAGUUUGAGAUUCUAAUAUUCUCAUACAGUCUGAGGAAGUCAUGAGAAAGUUGGAAAAUUGAGAUUCUCUUCAUAUUUUCAAAGUCAACAUAACCUUACUUCGAACCCAGUUGCGGCAACUUUAAAUAAACUUUGAUAAUCAUGUAAUUCGUACAAUUAUGAAGAUGUUAAAGGGGGGAAUAUAGGCAGGAGCAGAGGGGCUAAUUUUACCAUUUUCAGGUGACUAAUAUACAAAGUAAGUCAAAGUCUGUGCUCGCCAAUCUUUAGUUAUACUUUAAGAGUGACAUAAUUUACACUACUAUUGUGAUAUGAAUAAUAAAUUUGUUUUAACAUCUA